UCACAUCAUGUCAUUAGUUAAGUAUAUUUUCAUUUAUACACUUUUAAACUAUUAUGUUAUAAAUAUAAUUUAUGGUAAAGAAGAUGUUUGUAAUUUAAUUGAAGAAAAAUCACCUCAUAUGCGUCUUAAGAGACAUCUUUUUUGUAAUUAUGAUUCAAACGUUCGUCCCACGAAUGAUUUAUCAAAAAAUAAAACGUCUAUCAAAAUAAUAGUGAUUCCAAAACUAAUUGAUUUCGAUGACUCUUCAAAUGUUAUGAAAUUACAUUGCUGGAUAUAUAUGGCGUGGAAAGAUAUUAAUUUACAAUGGAAACCAGAAGAAUUUGAUGGAAUUGAUGACUUGUAUCUUCCAAGUUAUGAACUGUGGACACCCGAUAUCACUAUUGUUAAUUCAGGCAUCGGAGAUCAAGAAGUUGGAAUUGCCUAUACAAAUUGUGUUCUUUCUUCUUCUGGAAAAGUAGUGUGUGUUCCAGCAGUUUGCUACUCAACUAGGUGCAAAAUAUAUCCAAAACAUUGGCCAUUUGAUAAAAAAUAUUGUAGUUUCCAGUAUUCAUCUUGGUCACAUAAUAAAGAUGAAGUAGAAAUAAGUGCAGAGAGUUUUGAACUUGAAAUGAUGCAUUUUAUACCAAAUGCAGAAUGGAAACUUGAUCAUUAUGACAUUGUACAAGUCCAAAAAAAGUCUAAAUACAUAUCACAAUUAGAGUUUUCAGCUGUUAGCAUUGAUUUUUUCGUAGGACGUAAAAACAGUAUCCUUUGGCGAAUUUUCGUCUCACCAUUAAUAGUUGUAGUAACGAUGACAUUGACAACUACAUGGCUUGAUCCAGCAUCAAAUGAACGUCUUAUAAUUGCUUUUGUUAAUUUUAUAGUACAUUUUAUAUGUUUGAGUCAUCUCCAUUGGCAACUACCAUCUGCAAUAGUUCCUAACAUAUUAAUGUUUUAUCAUAACUCAAUGAUUUUAGCGACGGUUGCUCUAAUUUUAACAUGUUUUUUACGAAAGCUCAUUGUAUUGAAAACUUCUCCACCUUUAUGGAUUUCUUCUACAAUAUCAAAAAUUUUUGUAAAUAAAUAUGGUCAGAUCUUGUUGCCACUUAUUUUUGAUCUGAAGGCAUCAGCUAGAAUUGUAGAAGAUGGUGAUGAUAGUAGUGAUCUUAUUCAUUCUGAUAUCUCAAAAAAAUCUAAUUGGAAUGAUGUUAUUAUUCUUUUAGGCUGGAUAACACUAUUUUGUUUUAUUUUUAUUUAUAUUAUUAUGUUUGCAGUAUUUAUUCAUGAUUCCUAAUUAUUAAAUUAAUAAUUAUUACAAAAUAACAUAAUAUAAGUAAUGUUGUCAAUUUAUGUUCAUUUAUUAAAUUUUAUUCUUUAUUAGAAAUAAAUGAAAUAAGAAACUGGAGUAAUUCUGAAUAAUGGGUUUUAAUGGUAAUUAAAUUAUAAAUCUAUUGAAUUCAACAAUAAAUUGAAGUCAUUUUAUUUUGAGAUUAAAAUUACUUCUUAAAUAUUUUCAUUCAUAACUAAAGUAUUCUAUAAAGUAUGUUAAAAUAAAAAAAAUUCAUAAAAUUUAAAUUAUGAGAUUCAAGUACAUUCAGAUGUACACGUAAAUAUUGCUAUGAAGAGGUGUUCUUAUAGUCUAUUCAACAAGUGCCUUUUUGACGAAAACCUGUUCAAGACCACCGAAAAUUAUGAUUAAGGUCUUAUUCGAUUCGAAAUGGCAUCUAUAAAAAGUCCCAGAAAGAUUUAUUUCGAAGGAUUUAUAUAAAUAAUAGUAAAAAAAUUAUUAAACAAUCGAGCUAGAGCUUCAGUUAAAAGUUCAAUUUGUUCAAUGAUUAACGGAGAAUAAGAAAGCUUUGAAUUGUUCAAGUCGUAUCUUCAGUAGUUUAUAAGUUAUUUUAAUAACAAUGAAUAAAAAUAGGAAGGUAGCGACAAGUCCAAGUGUUCAAUAAUUUUAAAAAUUAUAUAAAAAAUAGAACAAAAAUUUUUUCCGAUAAAAAAACACACAUGGUCGUUUCUAGUAUUUUUUUUUGUAUUUAAAAAAAUAUAGCAUAAAAAUUCAUUUGUUUACGACAAA